AGAAGCAUUUUUAAUAGAUGGUGAUAUAGGUAGUAUAGACAAAUAUACAUCUAACUCUUCUGCUAGUGGUGUAAUAGUUUGUUGUGAAAUUAAUGAUAUAAACUAUUUUCAUUUAUUAUCAAUUGCUGAUAUAGAAGAUAAAGCUGAAUGUAAAAAUGUGAUUAGUUUAGAAGUAGGAUCAAAGAUUGAAGCUAUAUUUGUCGAUUUAUCAGAGUUAAAAAUAGCACAAUAA